AUGAGUUACUCUAGGCACGAUAAGAAAGGGUUUUCCGAUGUUGAACUCCACACAAAUCCCAAUUUGCCAAGUUGGAUAAUUUCACCAAAAGAGGAAAAAGCCAUUUUUGAAAGAUGGAGAAAAAAGGCAUUUGCCCUGUGUGAUGAAUUGAUUAAACGAUAUAUUGAGUGCAGUAACCUGUAUAAGAGCCCACUCGAAGCAAUGUCCAAAUGCAAAGAGGCGAAUGCGGCAAUCAUAAAUAGGGUAACUUUGAAGAAACAGACAUUAUCGAGCGACACUAUCGAGCGGAGCGAGAUAGUGGAGCAACACUCAGUAGCUUGUUACAACAAUAUCGGGCAGCACUUAGUAGCUGCCACUGACGAUCGACACUAUCGACCCGAGCGAGAUAGUGGAGCAAUGACUAGUCACAACACUAUCAAGCGGAGCGACUCAGUAGCUUGUUACAACAAUAUCGAGCAGCACUUAGUAGCUGCCACUGACGAUCGACACUAUCGACCCGAGCGAGAUAGUGGAGCAAUGACUAGUCACAACACUAUCAAGCGGAGCGACUCAGUAGCUUGUUACAACAAUAUCGAGCAGCACUUAGUAGCUGCCACUGACGAUCGACACUAUCGACCCGAGCGAGAUAGUGGAGCAAUGACUAGUCACAACACUAUCGAGCGGAGCGACUCAGUAGCUUGUUACAACAAUAGCGAGCAGCACUUUGCAGCUGCCACCGACUAG